CACGGAACCCAGGGACCUGGCAAAAUAAACCGCCGUUGGGUUUUACGCGUCUCAGUCAGGCGGCUAGCCCGCACCCGCUAUCCCAUGCAUGGCCCGGGCAACACUCGACAUGAACGCGGCGGGGCUCGAAGCUCGCGGCGGGGGCCACAUAGAGCAGGGACCACUCCCCUUCAGCGUCGAGUCACUGCUGGAGGCUGAGCGCGUAAGGGGCUCCGAGUCUGGGGAGCUGGGGGAGGAGAGGCCGCCCGGCGCCUCGAAGCCUGGAGCCUGGCCCCCACCGGUCGCGCACUCAUGCCCCCCACGUGCCCCCAGCCCUCCACCCUGCACCCUUCGCAAACACAAAACCAAUCGCAAACCACGAACACCCUUCACCACCGCGCAGCUGCUGGCUCUGGAGCGCAAGUUUCACCAGAAGCAAUACUUGUCCAUUGCCGAGCGCGCCGAGUUCUCCAGCAGCUUGAGCCUCACUGAAACUCAGGUCAAGAUCUGGUUUCAGAAUCGCCGAGCCAAGGCCAAGCGGCUGCAGGAGGCCGAGCUGGAGAAGCUGAAGCUGACUGCCAAGCCACUACUGCCGGCGGCAUUUGCCCUUCCCUUCCCACUGGGCACCCAGCUGCACAGCUCCGCCGCCACUUUCGGCGGCAACGCUGUUCCUGGGAUCCUCGCUGGGCCGGUCGCGGCUUAUGGCAUGUACUACUUGUCUUAGAGCAUGGAACCAAGUCUUAACCUCUUGGUUAGGCUCAGGGCUGCGCCGCAGUUCCGCCCGCCGCUGAUGCUCCUGGUAACUUCUUGACCUUUCAUUUUAGAGUUUUGGGGUUUUUUUUUCCUCCCUGUUAUACGAUAUACUUGAUGACUGGAGCCUAUUUAUAGAUAUAACAGAUAUUUUAAACCUUCCUAAAACCAUGUCCAUGUCUGAAGGAAAACACAACUUCAUACAGUCCUUGGAACGGACAAAAGCAGAUCUUCCUAUUUCGUACAAAGCAGUCGAGAAAGUACUUCUGGGGUGGGUGUGCUCCUUGUAUUCACUCUGCCCCUACACUGAGGACUUCAGAGAGGCUCGAUUGAACUGGCAUAAGCAAACAAAUUCCAUAAGAUGAAGUUAAAAUACUGAUGAGAUAAUCGGACUGUUAGAAAGACACUUAGAAAUUACCACUUCAACUAAAUGUGCGUUGUGACCAAACGGAAACUUCUACGCGAUUUAGGUUUUACCCCAUUAUUAUUUAUUUAGAGUAUACGUCGUUCAAGGAGCUAGAGGCAAAAUGCUGACUGUGCAUGAGAGUAGGGGAGGUGAUGAACGCUGGCACCAUGCCUCAAAGGAAGGGUGGCUGCCAGGCAGCACCUUCUGAGCUUUGAAAGGAGCCUGCUGGGGAGACAGAAGGCUGGUGGCAGCAGGCAGCAGGGACCAAAGCCUCGCCUCCUGCCAGCAGGUGUCCAACCAAUAAAGAGAAGAAACUGAGGGUUGAGUGCCUCAAACCUCCGUUGUGGGUGCAGUAGGAGGCGAGGCCUGCAAAGGUCCCAAAAGAAUUACUCUGAGUGCCAGCUGCCCCUGUAAUCCUGAUGUGCCUUAGAAAAAUGGUGGACUUGUUUAGGAAUCUGGACUUGUACAUUUAUUCUACCUUUAUCUGAGGAAAGAAAGCAGAUCAUCUGAGCUGUUCUGUCCCACUGCCCCUAAUGGAGUCUCAACCCUAUCACGCAAGAUCGAGGCUCUUCGGGUACCUGACAACCAGCACUGAUAAAACCUGUGGCUGUUUCCAUAGCAAGCUUUGGCCACAGUCUGGAGACUUUAGUGGAGUGUGGAAGGCUCACAAAGGUCCCCUGGAGUCACGCCUAGUACCACUGACAAGGCCCGUCCUUCCAGCCUUCAAGCUGGAGAGGAAGAACCUGGCUGCAGGGGUCUGGGGUUGUGUGUUCGUGAAGGGAGGACCAGGAAUUUUACAGUGAUGGAUGGCCCUGGGUUAGGAUGUUCUGCUUGGGAGGAGGGGAAGGACUGGGCUAUGCUCAGCAGUCCCAGUCAACUCCAGGAAAACUGCUGUCCUUGGACCUUCACUGGUCCAUCUGCUCCAAAUAAAGCAAAAAAGAUGAUAUUGCAUGGGACUGCCUAUUGAUACCUAUUGACAUUCCUCUGCCCUGUGUCUCCUGGGAAAAUGGAUACCAGAAAGGUUUUGUUUUGUUUUGUUUUGAGACAAAACCAUCACUAGGUAGUCCCAACAGACCUAAUAGAAAAUAGACUUGCUAUUCUCCAAGGAUGGCCUUAGACUCACAAAGGUCCACUUUAAUCCCAAGUGCUGGGAUUAAAGACAUACAGCACAAUGC